AACACCUCAAUGAGGGAGGGUAAAAAAAUAAUAAUUUCAACUCCCCUCAUCGCUGGUAUCACAUCGCGCGUCCAUCCAUCUACUCAGCUCAUCUACCCUCACGUUCCCUUCUCCUUCUCCCUCUCUCUCUCCCCCGGGCAUUACCCUGGUCAACGUUGACUUCUUUUCUUCCUUCCUUCCUUCCUUCCUUCCUUCCUCCCCCCCCAAUACUCGCUCGCUCGGUAACUUUUUCUUUUUUUUUCCUUUCCGGAGCAAAAUAGUUUUUUCACCAGCGACAAAAUGAAUCCACAAAUUGCCAAUAUUGUGAUCAUUCUGGGUAUGAUGCAAGUCGCGAAGAAGGUCCCGUUCGAGGAUCCGAAUGUCCUGAAUGGCGUGAGGGCGAUGUACGUUCUUUCCAACGUUAUCAUCUUGUCGCUGUACGUGUACGUUAGCGGCCAGAUCAAUAAGAAGAAUGACAACACAACCAUGAAGUACCUCGAACCCGCUCAGCCACUCUCCGGUGAUCAACCGAAGCUUGUGACAACUACCAUCGCGGCCUACGACCGCGAUCAGCUCAAGGCGGCUUUCAAGAGUCUUUUGAUGGGCGUUGGAAUGAUGGGUGUCAUGCAUCUCUACAUGAAGUACACUAACCCAUUGCUUGUCCAGAGCAUCAUUCCCCUCAAAACUGCCUUCGAAUCCAAGCUCGUCCAGAUCCACGUCUUUGGAAAGGCCGCCAGCGGGGACCUUAAGAGACCAUGGAAGGCUGGAGGGAUGAUGCCGGGAAUGCAAGGUGGUGACGUCGUAUCCGACAAGAAGAGCAUUGACGAGGCCGAGAGGUCCGGUCGGGGUGGUGCCAAGGAGGAGUAAAUAUUGCGCUCUUUCUUUUUCUUCUUUCCCUUCUUUUCCUUCCUGAGGGUAAAUGGGAUUUCUCAUUAGUUUAAUUUACCUUCUUAUCUCGUCUUGUGAACAUUUUUUUCUUAAAACAAAAAAAAUUAACUAUGGUUGUUGUUGAAUUUUUUAUUAUUAUUGGUUUUGGAAAAUGGUCCGGCGAUGGAUGGGCGGACCGACCGGCGGAUAGAUAUGUGGAUGAAUACGAUAAAUGGAUUGGAGGGGGGGGAGAUGUUGGGGUUGAGGUUGGUUUUGUAUUUGUUUCGUUCCUUUUUACGGGUUUCCCGUGAAGUUGGGAGAGUGUGAGUUAAGGUUUAAGGAGGGGCGGGGAGAUCAUUAUGAAACGAAAGAGUAAGAUAGA